CAGAGCGAAGGUCGUUCGUGGCGGUUCGUAAAUUGUGAUUAAAACGUGUUAGGACGUGUUAAAUUACAUGUGAAAAUAUUGUGGAAAUAAUUUACUGUAAGGAAAGCACGUGUGAGAUUGUCAACAGUGCAGAGAAAAACUAAAAAUUACAUAGAAGUGCUGGUUACACUAUUUUGUGCGCUUUUAAUAAUUGUUUAAAAACUCGUCGACUUGCCACAACUGUGACUUUGUCAAUAACGAUUUUUUCAGCAAGCAAUUAAAGUGAUUGCAAGCUAUUAUAAUUACUUGAACGACCAGUUUUCAAAGUAAGCGGUUGAACAUACAUAAAUACACAAAAACAGCAGCAGUAAAAUAUGGCAUUGAUAAGUGCAGAGCUGCCGGUAACACAUCUUAAUGGCGUUGCAACAUUUGGGAUCCCAACAAUGCUUUCCGAGGUUACCGAAUUGCCCGCCGUACAAUUGGGCGAGUAUACGCUUCAAUUUGAAUUGGGCGAACCCACAGAACGUGCCAAGGAAGUGGCUCUAAGGGAGUUACGCGAAACGCCAGAAAAUAAAGAAGCGGCGACUAAUGAACUAAGGCAGUUAUUGGAAGCCGAGACAGACUUGCUCUACCCAAAGGACAAUGAUGAAUGGCUAGUGCGAUUCUUGCGGCCUUGCAAGUACUACCCGGAAAGUGCGCGUGAUUUGAUCAAACGUUACUACGCCUUCAAGCAGAAGCACGCCAACGUCUAUGACGGCCUUACGCCGAGCAAAGAGGCAAACAUUUUCGAGCACAACAUACUCACAGUUUUUCCAAAUCGCGAUCAAUGCGGUCGGCGUAUCUUGUUACUCGAGCUGGGCAAACGCUGGAAGCACAAGCAAGUCACACUCGAUGAGGUCUUCAAGGGCGCUGUAUUGUUCCUCGAGGCGGCCAUGUUGGAGCCGGAGACACAAAUUUGUGGCGCCAUUGUGAUAUUCGAUAUGGACGGUUUGAGCUUGCAACAGACCUGGCAAUUUACGCCGCCCUUCGCCAAGCGCAUAGUCGAUUGGCUGCAAGAUUCUGUGCCGCUGCGUGUCAAGGCCAUACAUAUUGUGAACCAGCCGAAGAUUUUCAAUGUUGUCUUUGCGCUCUUCAAGCCAUUCUUGCGUGAGAAACUGCGUUCGCGUAUCUAUUUCCACGGCAAUGAUCGCGAUUCGCUGCACAAACACAUCUCGCCGAAAUGCUUGCCAGCCACGUAUGGUGGCGAUUUGGAGUUGAAACGCGUCGACGGCAGUCAGUGGUAUGAAUUGCUGUUGUUGUGCGAUAAGGAGUAUGUGGCGAUAAACUCGUAUGGCUAUAAAAAGAAGUAAGCUGCUGUGAGAGUUUGGGGUUAAUGGCGCGGGAGCGCAAGUUUCGGGUAGUGGAAAACUGUGUAUAACUUCUGCUAUGUUGCCAAUUUUCUGAAAUUAUUGUCGAACAAAAAUCUGCUACAAAAGCACCUCGUGCAUUAAAAAAAAAACACAAAUUUUUACAAAUGAAUGUAUACAAAUUUCCAAGUUGCUUAAGUGAUAAUAAUUAUAAAUUUGCAAAUAGCUUUAAGUUAUGUGUAUUUAAGCUGUGGUUCAGACAAACCUAUCUAUUUUCAAAAAAGUAUAAAUACAAACUGUCACGCAGCACAAAAAACAGCCAGACAGUUAAAAAUCUAAAAGAAAAAAUUUACAAAAACAUUUCCGUACUUAAAUGCUUAUAUGCUUACUACAAAAUUUAUAAGUUUUAGCAAUUUUCUUAAGAAAUUUGUUUGGUAUUCGCUUUAAAAAAAAAACUUUUAUUU